AUAAGCAACUGCUGAAUCAGUUACGCUCGUCUGGGGAAGGUCGUUUCUGCUUUUGGCCUUCCCAUGCGGCCUUAAAGCAACGUUUUGGCCUACAAACUGAGCAUAGCGUAUUAUCAUCGCAAUGGAAUCCUUCUUCCUCCUAGCAGCUCAGAACCACCCAUUGCAGGCCAUGGAUUGGGAUUGGUCAUGGCUGAUUGAGUUUCUUAAGGGAAUGGUGAAUCCUGUGGCUGCCACUGCGGUGGUGUUUCUCGCUGUGGCCUUGUCCUUCCACCAGAAGCUAGGGAUGGAGAUUGAGAUGGUCGUUGCCAUUGUGAGGGCAUUUCUUCAGCUCUCUAUUAUUGGCUUUGUUUUGCAGUUCAUAUUCAACCAAGACAACGCUGGAUGGAUCCUUCUAGCUUACCUUUUCAUGGUGUCUGUUGCUGGUUAUACUGCGGGUCAGCGUGCCAAACAUGUUCCUCGUGGAAAGUAUGUGGCUGGGGCUUCAAUUCUCACUGGAACUGCGGUGACUAUGUUCGUGCUGGUUGCACUGAGUGUGUUCCCUUUCACUCCAAGAUAUAUCAUCCCUGUAGCAGGCAUGAUGGUUGGGAACUCAAUGACGGUAACCGGAGUUACCAUGAAGAGACUUCGCGACGACAUUAAAACACAAAUGAACUUGGUUGAGACAGCACUGGCUCUUGGUGCAACCCCGCGACAAGCAACGCAUCAGCAAGUGAAAAGGGCUCUAAUCAUAGCCCUUUCUCCAGUGGUGGACAACACCAAAACAGUGGGUCUAAUAUCCCUUCCGGGGGCAAUGACUGGUCUCAUUAUGGGAGGGGCUUCACCGUUGGAAGCCAUUCAACUACAGAUUGUGGUGAUGAAUAUGAUGAUAGGUGCAGCAACUGUUAGUAGCAUAAUGGCUACAUAUCUAUGUUGGCCAGCAUUCUUCACCAAGGCCUACCAGUUGGAAACCAAAGUCUUCUCAAGUUGAUUCCACGCCUAAUAACUUGAAUUUGACCCUUUCAAUUUCCCUCUGACCCGGGAUACAGCCUUCGAAUUUCGGAAAAUGUGUUCAGCUCCUAUUGUAAAUGACCGGGUUUUUUAAUUUUUAAAUUGCUCAAUUAUGAGAGAAUCCGGUCUUAAUUGAGAAACAAUCUCCAUUUUUUUUUUUUUAGCUUUAAUCAGUAGUUAAAUAUGCUUUUCCAUACGCUCCCAUUGCUUUCUUUUCAGUAUUUUGGUGCACUUUGCCAGCACACUAAACAAAUGAUUGCAGAUCUAUCCACGUUGGUAAAACCAAGCCCUACAUUGGAGGGUAAUGACUGAAUAUAAAGUAAUUACAAGGGUAUAAUGUUUAAUUUGUCUAGGUAAAUAUUUAAAUAAUUCUCUUAAGUUGAAGUCAACUUUGCAGAACCUAAUAUCUAACCAAGGAGUUGGUCGGAUCAGAGCAAAAUCUAAUAAGGCUUGCGGCUUAAGACCCAAAGUCUGAAAGGAAAGGCUUGAUGAGAAAGAGACUUGAGCAAAUGUUGCAAACUUGUUCCUUAAGAAAAGGAACACAAGUCUAUGGAUAUAUGUAAAUGAAGAUAUACUUAUGAGCUCUAAAACUCAUUUAAUGUACAAAUUCCAAGAGUCUAUAGGUAUGCCCAUAAAAAGUGAAUAUAGUUAAACCAAGGGGUGCCAGCCAAAGUCCAAAUUACCUACACAUUUAUCCCCUCCCUUCUUUACUUGAAUCUAACUUGGUAACAUUUUCCUCACUCUCCCCCAUAAAAAGACUUCGAUGGACCCCAUCAUAAUUCCAACAGUUUGUAUGCCCAUACAACGAUGAGCAAUUAAUUGAUUGUAAACUACUUGAAAGACCUAUGGUCG